AUGGAGGAGGAGGACGAGCUGAGGCUGCGCACCCUCCGGCUGCUGACCGAGUUCCUGGAGCACUGUGCCCAGAGGCCCAGCACCGCCCCGGGGCCGCCCCCCACGCCCGAGGCCGCCGUGCUGCGCUCCCUGGCCGCCCGGUCCUGGCUGGGGACCCCGCACUCCUGGUCCCAGCAGCAGAGACACCGCGUGGAGCAGGUGGUGGACCAGGCGGAGUGGCUGGUUCCGGAAGGCGCAGAGCCCACCUGGUUCAGCGUGCUGGCGCUCGUGUCCUUCGCGGGGGCCCUGCUGGAGAAGCCGCCGCCCGGCCACGCGCGGGCCCGGCGGGAGUGGGAGGCCACCGUGGACCGGGACUGCCAGCGCCUGGCGGCCUUCCUGUGCGGCUGGCUCACCGGGAAGCACCGCGCCUGGGUGGAGGCGCAGGGUGGCUGGGACGGCUUCUGCCACAGCUUCCUGCCUGCGCCGCAGGCUGCUUGGGGCAGGCUGCUGGCUCCACUGCUGAUGUCAUGCCUCAUACACAUCCUCUUAAUCUGUUUGUGGAUAAAAUCAUGGUUGCAAGAUGUUUAA